UUGGUUGGUAAGUGGUUCGCGCCAGCAGAGAAGUCCACAGUUGCUGCGCUGUACACAUCCGGAAACCAGCUAGCAGCCUCUCUUUCUUCAUUGAUAUCAUCAUAUUUGUGCACGCUGAGUAUCGGCUGGCCUUCGAUAUUCUACUUAUUCGGUGGAUUGGGCUGUAUCUGGCUCGUUUUAUUCUGCUUUUAUGUGACUAAUUCACCGACAACUCAUAAAUUCAUCUCAAAUGAAGAGAGAGCGUAUCUAGCUGGGCAAAUCCAACAUACUCACGCAAAGACUAUCGGGCCGCUACCAUGGAGAGCAAUGUUUACUUCUACUCCGUUGAUUGCUGCUGUACUGUGUCAGUACACUUACAAUCUUCAAGCCUCUUUACUGCAAGCUUUCUUGCCCAGUUUCAUCAAGGAGGAGCUCAUGCUCCCACUUAACCUUAAUGGAUACUACUCUAUGAUUCCAUUCAUCUCUCAGAUGAUAUCAAAAAAUAUUUUUGGAAUAAUAGCCGACUACCUCAAACGAAAUAAAAUUCUAGGCCAUACCAAGUGUGCGAAGAUCUUCCAAGCUAUAGGUUCGUUUGGCUCAGCUACAAUGCUCAUCGCAUUAGCCACGUUGCCGGAUUGUGAACACCCUUAUGUUGCGUUACCGUUACUCGCUUUAUAUGGAGCAUUUUUCUCUGCGGGUAUUUGUGGUUUCUUCACGUGCAUUCUCUGCAUAGCACCACCGUUUUCCGGAACGACAACUUCAAUUUCAAUGGUGUUUGGUACGCUGGGAAACAUCAGCGGCCCAUUGAUGUUGGGCGUAGUGUCUAAAUUGAGCUUCUCCGACAAAUGGGUCGUAUCGUUUUUAUUAUGCAGCGCAGCCAAUAUUGUAGCGGGAAUAACGUUCUUAAUAUUUGGAUCUGCAAAAGUUCAGGACUGGGCCAAGAUUCAACCAGCCAAGACGCCAGCGUAG